AUGGCCACGCACCAAGUGGAGCCAGGCGCUUCUCUGCGCCAUGGCGGCCACAGUCGUCGCCUAUCCAGACGCCUUGCUGAUCCUGCCCAAUCCACAUGGGCAUCACUGCACACAGACCUGCUCGACCUGAUUGCCAGUCGGGUACUCGCCAGCGACCUGUUGGACUACGUCCGGUUCCGUGCAGUGUGCUUAGGAUGGCGUGUCACGACUCCUUGCCCACGCGGUCGAGGCAUGGUCGACCCGUGCUUCCACCCACGACAGUGGAUGAUGUUCCCAGAAGGUGGCGGUCUGUACCCAGGCCACCCUUCCAUCUUCCCUCAGCUGGCCAAGUUAGGGUGCUUCAUCAGUGACUUUAGCAAGAUUCAGGACACCCGGUUUGUCUGCGCGCCCGUCUCCGUCAAUCUGGUUGGUACUGUCACCAUGAUGCUCGCGUUGACUGGCCUUGAUCGUGUGGCGUAUGCAUCCACCGGUGACCGGCAGUGGACUCCUACGAGCUGGAAAAUGAAACACUUGUACUCGGCAUUGCCAUUCGGUGGCAGCCUCUAUGUGGUGGAUGGAGGGUGGGGUCUCGAACCAUCGCGCAUCCUGCGCAUCAAUCCUCCAGAAGAUUCCAACCUCUCCUCAUGGUCAGUGAUACCACCACAAAUGGUCACCCAAUGUCCAGUGAAACUGUUGAGGAUGCUUCAACUGGUAGAGUGCAACUCCGAGCUGCUUUUGGUUGGCUGUGACAGUGGACACUCAAGGAUUGUGCUUUUCCGGGUUGCUGACCUUCUAAAUGGAGUCACCACCAUGCAGCUGACAAGCAUCGGUGAUCAAGCCGUCUUCAUCGGCGGAUGGAACAUGGCUGUUAACUCCAAGAGCCUGCCAUCCGUCCAGGGGAACUCCAUCGCCGUUGUCAAUGAAAUAGGUGGUGGUCUUGCAGGCAGGGGAACUCUACCGCUAUACGAUCUUGGCAGCGGUACCUGGUCACAGGUGUUUGACGGACACUUCCUCGAUGGACCCGUGCCUAGGCCGUACAGCCUUGUCCUCCACGUCGCAACCUGCUGCCAGCGCCUUUACUGGAACAGUGGGAAAAUCUUGUGUUUCAACACAGACGUAUGA